CCAGCCCCGCUCUCCCCACCUUGUAAAACAAAGCCGGGGAAAAUGCCUGCCCGUGCAGCUCGGAGCGCGCAGCCCGUCUCUGAAUAAGAAUGGCGGCACCUGACUUGCUGGAUCCUAAAUCUGCCGCUCAGAACUCCAAACCGAGGCUCUCGUUCUCCACGAAACCCACAGUGCUUGCUUCCCGGGUGGAGAGCGACACGGCCAUUAAUGUGAUGAAAUGGAAGACGGUCUCCACGAUUUUCCUGGUGGUUGUCCUCUAUCUGAUCAUCGGAGCCACCGUGUUCAAAGCAUUGGAGCAGCCUCAUGAGAUUUCGCAGAGGACCACCAUUGUGAUUCAGAAGCAAACAUUCAUAUCCCAACAUUCCUGCGUCAAUUCAACGGAGCUGGACGAACUCAUUCAGCAAAUAGUGGCAGCAAUAAAUGCAGGGAUUAUACCUUUAGGAAACACCUCCAAUCAAAUCAGUCACUGGGAUUUGGGAAGUUCCUUCUUCUUUGCUGGCACUGUUAUUACAACCAUAGGAUUUGGAAACAUCUCACCACGCACAGAAGGCGGGAAAAUAUUCUGUAUCAUCUAUGCCUUACUGGGAAUUCCCCUCUUUGGUUUUCUCUUGGCUGGAGUUGGAGAUCAACUAGGCACCAUAUUUGGAAAAGGAAUUGCCAAAGUGGAAGAUACGUUUAUUAAGUGGAAUGUUAGUCAGACCAAGAUUCGCAUCAUCUCAACAAUCAUAUUUAUACUCUUUGGCUGUGUACUCUUUGUGGCUCUGCCCGCGAUCAUAUUCAAACACAUAGAAGGCUGGAGUGCCCUGGACGCCAUUUAUUUUGUGGUUAUCACUCUAACAACUAUUGGAUUUGGUGACUACGUUGCAGGUGGAUCCGAUAUUGAAUAUCUGGACUUCUAUAAGCCUGUUGUGUGGUUCUGGAUCCUUGUAGGACUUGCUUACUUUGCUGCUGUCCUGAGCAUGAUUGGAGAUUGGCUCCGAGUGAUAUCUAAAAAGACAAAAGAAGAGGUGGGAGAGUUCAGAGCACACGCUGCUGAGUGGACAGCCAACGUCACAGCCGAAUUCAAAGAAACCAGGAGGCGACUGAGUGUGGAGAUUUAUGACAAGUUCCAGCGCGCCACCUCCAUCAAGCGGAAGCUCUCGGCAGAACUGGCUGGAAACCACAACCAGGAGCUGACUCCUUGUAGGAGGACCCUGUCAGUGAACCAUCUGACCAGCGAGAGGGAUGUCUUGCCUCCCUUACUGAAGACUGACAGUAUCUAUCUGAAUGGUUUGACACCACACUGUGCUGGCGAAGAGAUUGCUGUGAUUGAGAACAUUAAAUAGCCCUCUCUUUGAAGAACCUUAGGCAUAGCCAUAGGUGAGGACUUCUCUAUGCUCUUUAUGACUGUUGCUGGUAGCAUUUUUUAAAUUGUGCAUGAGCUCAAAGGGGAACAAAAUAGAUACACCCAUCAUGGUCAUCUACCAUCAAGAAAAGGUGGAAUUCUGAGCCAGCACUUUCUUUCUGAUGAUGCUUGUGGAUUGGUCCACUUUCUUUGAUGAGUGGAAUGACAAGCAAUGUCUGAUGCCUUUUUGUGCCCAGACUGUUUUCCUCUCUCUUUCCCUAAUGUGCCAUAAGGCCUCAGAAUGAAUUAGAGUUGUUUCUGGUAACAAUGUAGCUUUGAGGGAUCAGUCCUUAACUUUUCAGGGUCUACCUAACUGAGCCUAGAUAUGGACCAUUUAUGGAUGACAUUUUUUUUUUUUUUGUAAAUGACAAGAAAUUCUCAUGCAGCCUUUUACCUAAGAAAUUUUCAGUCAGUGCCUUAUCUUAUGAAGAAACAGAACCUCUCUAGCUAAUGUGUGGUUUCUCCUUCCCUGCCCCCACCCCUAGGCUCACCUCUGCAGUCUUUUACCCCAGUUCUCCCGUUUGAAUACCAUACCUUGCUGGAAACAGUGUGUAAAAUGACUGAAGUGAUGAUGCCCGAAGAAGAAAUAGAUGCCAAAUUAGAUGGACAUUGAAGCAACACUCAGCGUUGCCUAGCGUUAAAGGCACUGCAGAGAAAUGAGGUGCAGAGGUGGCCCCUCUGAGUAUUUAUUUGACUCAGGUACCAGUGGUACAUAUAUACACUGUAAUUAUGACCAGGCUGGUAAAAUUGGCUGCUCCCAAACAAUCCCCUUUUUCCUGGCAGUAUUUGGAAUUUAUCAUUUAUUAAUAACUAUACAUUUUUUAAAGUCAGAAGAAGAAAAUCUAUCUAU